AUGCCUCGUGUCUUCCUGGUCAGGAGUAGGCGUCCACAACCACCUAACUGGGGCCACCUGCCUGACCAGCUCCGAGGAGAUGCCUAUAUUCCAGACUGCAGCAGCCUGGCCGGGCUACCGGCCCAUCAGUCUUCCCGCCUUGGGGACCCCUGGGCAGCGCCCAUGCAGGGAACCCUGGCCUCUGCUCCCAGGAGCCCUGGGACACUUGGCUGCCCUCUCUGCCCCAAGGCCUUCCCACUGCAGCGCAUGCUGACACGACACCUCAAGUGCCACAGUCCAGCUCGCCGCCAUGUGUGCCGCUGCUGUGGCAAAGGCUUUCACGAUGCCUUCGAUCUCAAGCGCCACAUGAGGACUCACACUGGAAUCCGGCCAUUCCGUUGUGGAGCUUGUGGUAAAGCAUUUACCCAGCGAUGCUCCCUGGAAGCACACCUUGCCAAGGUGCACGGGCAGCCGGCCAGCUAUGCUUACCGUGAGCGCAGGGAGAAGCUGCACGUGUGUGAGGACUGUGGCUUCACCAGUUCACGGCCCGAUGCCUAUGCACAGCACCGCACCCUGCAUGGGGCCACCUGA